AAUCUCUUAGGUAAAUCAGGACUAUCCAUCGAUAUCCAUUUUCGCUCGAGCGCAGACGGGCGGCAGCUUCUUUUUUUCUGUUGCUACAGGGGAAAAACAAGCUAGUUCACCGAGUUACCUUGUUCACAUUUUUUACAUAUCCAUCCGGCGGAGGACACCGCUAUAAUGGGUGUUUUCCACGGAAGCGGACAUUGUGGCAGUUUACGUAUGUGCAGAUUUUGAUAAAAAAAAAAAAAAAAGCAACAACCCAUCCUGACGUCCGCAAGCUAACGUUAGUUCUCGCCACUGUCUGGUGGUGCCGCCUUGGAUAGAGUCACCAAACGAGGGAUAUAAAAGCAAUCUUACUGGGAGUCCGACCUGAGCAGCAAGCAUGUCUGGGGCGUCUGUAAAAGUUGCUGUUCGAGUCCGACCCUUCAACUCCAGGGAAAUGGGCAAGGAGUCAAAAUGUAUCAUUCAGAUGCAAGGCAACACUACAACUAUCCUGAACCCCAAAGCUCCCAAAGAACCAGCAAAGACGUUCAGCUUUGAUUACUCCUACUGGUCACACACCACACCAGAAGACCCCUGCUUUGCAUCACAGAACCGUGUGUACAAUGACAUUGGAAAGGAAAUGCUGGAGCAUGCUUUUGAGGGCUACAACGUCUGCAUCUUUGCCUACGGCCAGACCGGAGCUGGUAAAUCCUACACUAUGAUGGGCAAGCAGGAGGAGGGACAGGAAGGAAUCAUUCCCAUGCUUUGUGAAGAUCUGUUUGAGAAAAUAAAUGAAGACUGCAACAAAGAAGAGCUCUCCUACUCAGUGGAGGUGAGUUACAUGGAGAUCUACUGUGAACGGGUGCGAGAUUUGCUCAAUCCUAAGAACAAAGGGAACCUAAGAGUACGAGAGCAUCCGCUGCUGGGUCCUUAUGUGGAAGACCUGUCCAAGCUAGCCGUUACAUCCUAUACAGACAUUGCUGAUUUAAUGGAUGCAGGAAACAAAGCAAGAACUGUUGCUGCUACCAACAUGAAUGAGACCAGCAGCAGGUCCCAUGCAGUUUUCACCAUCGUCUUCACACAGAAGAAACACGACAGCGAGACGGACCUCACCACGGAAAAGGUCAGUAAAAUUAGUCUGGUAGACUUGGCAGGAAGUGAACGUGCAGAUUCCACUGGAGCUAAAGGUACCAGACUAAAGGAGGGAGCAAACAUCAACAAAUCUCUCACCACAUUAGGAAAGGUCAUUUCUGCCUUGGCUGAAGUGGAUAACUGUACCAGCAAGAGCAAGAAAAAGAAAAAGACGGACUUCAUCCCUUACAGAGACUCUGUUCUGACCUGGCUGCUGAGGGAGAACCUUGGUGGAAACUCCAGAACAGCCAUGGUAGCUGCCCUCAGUCCUGCAGAUAUCAACUAUGAUGAAACCCUCAGUACACUGCGCUAUGCUGACCGAGCUAAGAACAUCAAAUGCAACGCUGUUAUUAAUGAGGAUCCCAAUAAUAAAUUGGUGCGUGAGCUGAAGGACGAAGUGUCUCGGCUGAAGGAACUGCUCCGUGCUCAGGGCCUGGGAGACAUCCUGGACAUUGAUCCAGUGGGGGAUGAUUACCCAGGAAGUGGAAUCAAAUACCUCAAAGACAUUCAGAACAAUAAGAAUAGAUACUUGAUAGCCUCAGAGAACCAACGCCCUGGCCAUUUCUCCACAGCCCCUAUUGGUUCCCUGACAGCUUCUCCGUCCUCUGGUGCACUGUGCAACCAGGUGGGUCUUCAGUCGGUCACCAGCAUCCAGGAGCGCAUCAUGUCCACACCAGGAGGAGAGGAGGCCAUUGAAAGACUCAAGGAAUCAGAAAAGAUAAUUGCUGAGCUCAAUGAAACCUGGGAGGAGAAACUACGGAAGACGGAAGCAAUCCGAAUGGAGAGGGAGGCUCUUCUUGCGGAGAUGGGUGUGGCAAUCCGUGAAGAUGGAGGCACUUUGGGCGUGUUCUCUCCUAAAAAGACUCCACACUUGGUCAACCUGAACGAGGACCCUCUAAUGUCUGAGUGUCUGCUCUACUACAUCAAAGAUGGCAUUACAAGGGUGGGUCAGGCUGAUGCUGAGAGGAGGCAAGACAUUGUUUUAAGUGGAGCUCACAUCAAGGAGGAACACUGCAUCUUCAGAAGCGAAAGAAAUGCCAACGGAGAUGUUAUUGUCAUGUUGGUGCCAUGUGAGGGAUCUGAAACCUAUGUCAAUGGCAAACGUGUUGAGGAAGCAAUCCAACUUCGUUCAGGUAACCGGAUCAUUAUGGGAAAGAACCACGUGUUCCGGUUUAACCACCCAGAGCAGGCCCGAGCUGAACGGGAGAAAACGCCGUCCGCCGAGACCCCCGUGGAGCCUGUGGAUUGGACUUUUGCUCAGCGAGAGCUCCUGGAGAAACAGGGCAUCGACAUGAAGCAGGAAAUGGAGAAAAGGCUCACCGAGAUGGAAAUCUUGUACAAAAAGGAGAAGGAAGAAGCAGACCAGCUUCUGGAGCAACAGCGACUGGUUUACGAGAGCAAACUGCAGGAGCUUCAGAAACAGGUGGAGACCCGCUCUCUGGUAGCAGAGACGCCCGAUGAGGAAGAGCUGGAGGAGGAAGAAGAGGAGGAAGAGCCUAAAUUACUGGGAUUGCCGUGGACUCAGCAUGAGUUUGAGCUGGCUCAGUGGGCCUUCAGGAAGUGGAGAUACCAUCAGUUCACCUCCCUGCGCGACCAGCUGUGGGGGAACGCCGUGUACCUGAAAGAGGCCAACGCUGUCAGUGUGGAGCUGAAGAAGAAAGUCCAGUUCCAGUUUGUCCUGCUGACAGACACACUUUACUCUCCGCUGCCCCCUGAACUCCAACCCCCAGAGCCGGAGAAGGAACGCGACCCGAGGCCUUUUCCACGUACUGUGGUCGCUGUUGAGGUUCAGGACCUGAAGAAUGGAGCUACACACUACUGGUCCCUGGAAAAACUCAAGCAGAGGCUGGAGCAGAUGAGAGAGAUGUACGACCGCGCUGGAGAAAUGGCCUCCACUCACCAGGAUGGUGAUGGAGAGGGAACUCUGACUGGAAACGAUCCGUUCUACGACCGUUUCCACUGGUUUAAGCUCGUGGGGAGCAGCUCUCCCAUCUUUAACGGCUGCGUCAACGAGCACCUGGCCGACCGAACACCCUCGCCCACCUUCUCCACCUCUGACUCAGAGAUUACCGAGCUGGCUGAUGAGCGCCAGAGCGAGAUGUCCGAUUUCAUGGACGACGAGGCGUUUGUGGAUGACACAAGCUCAGACGCCGGCACCGAGGAGGGCUCAGACAUCUUCAGCGACGGCCAGGACCCCUUCUACGACCGCUCCCCCUGGUUCAUCCUGGUGGGAAGAGCGUUUGUGUACCUGAGCAACCUGCUGUACCCCGUGCCGCUCGUUCAUCGGGUUGCAGUAGUUACAGAAAAGGGCGAGGUGCGAGGCUUCCUGUGCGUGGGGGUCCAGGCUAUAGCUGCUGACGAGGAGGCUCCAGAUUACGGGUCAGGAGUAAGACAGUCGGGAACUGCCAAGGUUUCCUUUGAUGAUGAAUACUUCAAAAAGAAUGACUUUCCCUCUACGGUUAUGACCCGCUCUGGCUUGUCUCUGGAGGAGCUGCGUAUUGUGGAGGGUCAGGGUCAGAGCUCAGAGGUCAUCACACCCUGCGAGGAGCUCAACAGAAUCAACGAUAUGGACCUGAAGCUGGGUAACAUCCCAGACACCAAGCUGAGUCACAGUGAGGGGCUGGCAGGCCAGCUGGAGGUAGGGAGCAUCUUCACCUUCCGUGUCACAGUCCUCCAGGCCAGCGGCAUCCCACCUGAGUAUGCUGACAUCUUUUGCCAGUUCAAUUUCCUUCAUCGCCACGAUGAGGCUUUCUCCACCGAGCCGCUGAAGAACACCGGCAAAGGAGCUCCUCUGGGCUUUUACCAUGUUCAGAAUAUUUCAGUGGAAGUCACGGAGUCUUUUAUUGAGUACAUUAAGAGCAAGCCUGUGGUGUUUGAGGUGUUUGGCCACUAUCAGCAGCACCCACUGCAUAUUUACGGCCAGGACCUGAUCAGUCCUCCAACACCAUUGAGGAAAUACUAUCCUAUUCCCAUGCCUCUGUCUAAACCAGUUCCUGCCACCAAGCUGAACACCAUCACCAAGUCGAACCUGGGUCAGUGUGUCAGCAAGUACGACCUGCUCGUCUGGUUCGAGAUAAGCGAGCUGGAGCCCACCGGAGAGUACAUCCCAGCUAUAGUGGAUCACAGUGCUGGGAUGCCCUGUCAUGGCACCUACCUUCUGCACCAGGGAAUCCAGCGGAGGAUCACAGUGACCCUUAUACACGAGAAGGGCAGUGAGCUCCACUGGAAGGAUGUUCGUGAGCUGGUUGUAGGUCGUAUCAGGAACAAGGCGGAGGUGGAUGAUAGUGCAGCUGAUGCUGUGCUGUCCCUGAACAUCAUUUCUGCCAAGAACAUCAAGUCGUCCCACAACACUAACAGAACCUUCUAUCGCUUUGAAGCUGUGUGGGACAGCUCUCUGCACAACUCCCUCCUUCUAAACCGAGUCACUCCUUACGGAGAGAAGAUCUACAUGACUCUGUCUGCAUAUCUGGAGCUGGACCACUGCAUCCAGCCCGCCAUCAUCACUAAAGACGUCUGCAUGGUGUUCUACUCCCGGGACGCUAAGAUCUCCCCUCCCCGUUCUCUCAGGAACCUCUUUGGAAGUGGGUACUCCAAAACUCCUGACUGCAACCGUGUCACCGGCAUCUAUGAGCUGAGCCUGUGCAAGAUGUCUGACUCUGGAAGCCCGGGGAUGCAGCGGAGGAGGAGGAAGGUUCUGGACACUUCAGUCGCUUAUGUGCGAGGAGAGGAGAACCUGGCAGGGUGGAGGCCCAGAGGGGACAGUCUGAUCCUGGAGCACCAGUGGGAGCUGGAGAAACUCGAGCAGCUGCAUGAGGUGGAGAAGACCCGUCACCUCCUCCUAUUGAGGGAGAAGCUGGGAGAGGCGCCUGCAGUGGGAACGACUACCACCACUAAGUCCCUGAGCGGGUCCCUGUCCCCCAGCAUGAGUUCGGGCACUCUGUCCACCUCCACCUCCAUCUCCUCGCAGAUCUCCAGUGCCACUUGCGAAAGCGCCAUCACGCCCAGCGAGAGCAGCGGCUACGACUCGGCGGACAUCGAGAGCCUGGUGGACCGCGAGAAGGAGCUCGCCUCCAAGUGUCUGCGCCUGAUGACACACACCUUCAACAGCGAAUACAGCCAGGUGGUGAACAGCAUCAGCGACUGUAAGCUGUCUGACAUCUCGCCCAUCGGACGUGAUCCAUCGGUGACCAGCUUAAGCAGCGCCACCCUCACCCCCUCCUCCACCUGCCCCUCUCUGGCUGACUCCCGCUGCAGCUCCUUAGACCAAAAGACCCCAGAGAACAACUCCCGCGCCUCCAGUCCCUCCUGCUCAGACUAUGAGAACUUCCCAAUGGUUCCCACUCUGGAGAUGUCCUAUCUUGCUCGAGCUGGAAAGAACGAGUUCCUAAACCUGGUGCCUGAUAUUGAGGAAAUGAGGCCGGGGUCUGUGGUGUCUAAGAAAGGUUUCCUCAGCUUCAUGGAGCCGCGCUCCAACACAUGGGUGAAGCACUUUGUGGUCAUUCGCCGCCCUUAUGUUUUCAUCUACAACAGUGACAAGGACCCGGUGGAGCGAGGCGUCCUCAACCUCUCCACAGCUCAGGUGGAAUACAGCGAAGACCAGCAGGCAAUGCUCAAGAGUCCCAACACAUUUGCGGUGUGCACAAAGCAUCGAGGAAUCCUCCUGCAGGCCAACAAUGAGAAAGAUCUGAACGACUGGCUGUACGCCUUCAAUCCUCUGCUAGCAGGGACAAUAAGGUCGAAGCUGGCGAGGAGGCGCAGCGGCCUGAUGAAGAACUGAGGAACUGAGUGGAGUGGCCGGCAGGAACCCCACGACUCCCGCUCUCUCUGAGCGACCUUGGAACAUACAAAGUGUUAACACUUAUUAAUCAUUGUGAGUCCUAAAGGUUUCCUCUUGUAAGUAGACUUGUGGCUUAAGUCCAUGCGGCUAAAAAGUUUCAGCUCCAUUGAACUUUGCCUCCCCCUUCCCUCCAGCAACCCGAGCUCUUCUUCUCUCCCUCCUCCCCUCGGCUUUUUGUGUUUUGGAUUUUUAAGACGGGUCUGAUUUCUUUCUGCUUUGUCGUCACUCCUGAACCUCCUGACUUGUGGCAUGUUGUUGUAGUCUACUUGUGUGUGCACGGCUCUCCAAAAGCUAAUUUUCAGUUUGCCAAUCAUCUGUUAAAAAAAACAAAAAACAAAAAAAUGUCUCUUAUCAGUGUUAUUUGUCUCCCAAAAUAAGUUUAAUUUAGCUUUUUGUUUUUGAGAAUGUGCUUGGAUAAUACGUGUAACAGCACUUCCCAGGAGAACACCAGGUUUGCUCAAUGAGAACAACUGAAAUUGGAUAAAAAUAUGAAGUGAAAAUCUACAAAUAUAUAAAAGGGAUCCAUUAAUGCUCUGCUAAAUGAACUAUCGCUUUACUUUUUUUUUGACUUAAACAGAAUUACAUCAGGCUGCUGCCUCCUCAAAACUUAAAAUUUCAAGCGAAAUCCUGUUGCGCUCAGCACAGAAUCAUCCGUGUGAUGUUUGGAUCCCGCACCUCAGCCUCUGUACAUCAACCGACUCCUCAGUAGUGCCAGUGUCAGUCCGUGCAUUUGUGCAAACGUUAAAAGAAAACAACAAAAAAACCCUUGCUAACUGGCUUAAAAACCAGUAUUCCAUCAUAAGCAUAAAACAGUUUGGAGGAUGUGAGGGGCAUAUACAGGAGAGACAGAUGCUUCGUCCAGCGAAAAUCGUUGCUAAAUACAUUGCACUGGGAUUGUUGUGAUAUUCAGAUCCCAUUUUAGGAAGUUGUCUCUGCUUCUAUAGCUAAUAUAAACCCAAACUUUACCUGAAAACAUGACAGCAUGAGAAGUAAAGAAGUAACUGGGUUGCAAGACUUGGAAAGUUGAUUAAGCUGCUCACACACAACUUGAUGAUGAAACGUUUCCCUCGUUGGGUAAAACUUCUAAAAUUUUGUUUUCUUAUUUCAGCACCAACAAACAUAACCACUUCUUUAUUUUCUGUUCAGGUUCCUGAAUUGAAACUUCUUCAACCCAUCUAACUCUCUUGUUUUUUUUUUUUUGUUUGUUUGCUUUUUUAACCAUUCUUGCUUCUCAAUCUUUUUUUAUUAUUUGAAAUGUAAAAAAAGGGCAUUUAGUUUUAGAUUUGUUUAUUGGUGUUGCACCUUUUUUUUUUUUUUGCACAUUAACACGUAUCUAUAGCAAGGCAGAUCAUGCAGGAACAUGGAUGAGCUUCAGGAACAAGGAUGAGCUACACUGGAUGAAAAGGUGAAAGGGACGACAUGGGGAAGGGUUUUGUUGGUGAAAUUGUUUGCUCUGCGCUUGGUGCUGAUGCAGCUCCUCUGUCUCUGCAUGUGUUCGCUGCACAGAAGGGCGUUGUUAAACUCUGGCCUACCAACCAGCAGUUUGCCCACUGUCUCACCUGAUAUGACAGCAGAAACAGCGGUGCCUGGAUUAGUUUCAUUUAUAGUGUAAAUAUUUUCUCCUCAGAUGAUGUGAUCAACCCAGAGGUCAGGAAACCUGCUGGUCAGAGAGCGGUUAAAUAACCCUUACUAGAAAAAAACAUGCAUGUAUGCAUCCAUUAGCAGAUAAAAGGUGCUGCAUAUUUGUAUGAGAACAUCAAAGCAAACAUUUCCACCACAGUGGCAAGUUUGCAGAAGUAUUUUAUUAUUGUUUAUGUAUUUAUGGUUUGAAAAUGUACAUAUUAGUUUGCAGUUUUUUGCACAUAUUAAUAAAAGGUUUAACUAACUGAUCAAAUGAAGUCUGUGCGGGUUAGUUGUUGUGGUCAUGAUUAACCAAAUGAGGGUUUUGGCAGCCUGAACUGAGAGAGGGUUGAAUGUACGAUUUUAAGAUGUUGGGUUGUUGUUUUCCACCAUUUAAUAAAAAGGGACCUAAGAUGUAACCCACUGCACCUUUUUCUCAAGGAGGCGAACUACAUUAGUGCUUCCUCUCUAUCAGAAAGUGGUUUAUAAGACUGCUUUCAUUUUGAAGAAAUAUUUACUAACUACCCACAGUGGCCAGGUGUCUGAAAUCUAAUAAAAGAUGAUUUUUAUUCGUUUAUUUCAUCUAAUAUCAGGGAAUAUAACACAUCGUAGCUAUAGGCUUAAAUUAUGAUAGAACACAUUAAUGUGACUUUUCUUUUUCCGUUGAUGCCUUUCAAACAAAACUAGUCAUGAUAUUUUCCAUCAGCCCCCCCAUGACAGUAUCUUUGGGAUUCAUGCAUUAAAAACAAGAAAAGGACAAGACCUGAUCAUUUUACCGCUGUACAUUAUUUGUCAGACUGGUUUCAUUUUCAUACUUAUUUUGUAAAUAUCUAUGUUGUACGGAGCUUGAACUAAACUGUAAAUAUGUUUACUGUAUUUGUAAUAAUUAUAAUCCAUCCGCUGUAUAGCAUAGAUGUGUCAUGCAGAUAUCCUAACUCUGUGUAUGGUAAUCUUGCACCACUGAACUGUUUAGUGAAUGAGGCAACAAUAAAAAAAACAAAUGUGCAAACUGCA